AUUUAAAGAGACCUCCCUGGAUUCCUUUUCCCAGAUUUUUUUUCCCCCAGAUUUUCCCCCCAAAUGCAGCUGCCUGGGCUGUGCCUGAGCUUUGGCUGGGCUGGCUCCCUGAUUUGGUUAUUUCCACAGCUGUGCCAAUGGAUUUGGAAACCACCCUGAGUAAAGGUUACUCAGUGAGUACAGGCAAUCAGGAUGAGGGCAGUGGUUUUUACUCAGAGAAUAUUUGGUUAUUGCCCUCUAAAGUGAAUUUAAUACAUUUUGCCAAACAAAUACCCCCCGUUAUUCAACCCCUCCCAGCUCUAUUUAAAGAGACCUCCCUGGAUUCCUUUUCCCAGAUUUUUUCCCCAGAUUCUCCCCCCAGAAUGCAGCUGCCUGGGCUGUGGCUGUGCCUGAGCUUUGGCUGGGCUGGCUCCCUGAGCCCCUCGUGCCUGUCAGCCCAGUUCAGGAGGCCGGGGGAUUUCAUCCUGGGGGGUUUGUUCCCCUUUGGCAAGGACACGGUGAACCUGACAGCGCGCUCAGAGCCCACCCUGCUGCUCUGUGAGAGGUUAUUCGUGGACGGGCUGAUCUGGGCGCUGGGGAUGAGGUUUGCCAUCGAGCAGAUCAACAAUUCCAGCUCUCUCCUGCCAGGAGUCUCGCUGGGCUAUGACAUGUACGACACGUGCUCCGAGCCCCUGGUGGCCCUGCAGCCCAGCCUGCUCUUCCUGAGCCAGAAGGGCACCGCGGGCAUCGGGGUGCUCUGCGACUACAGCCAGUACCAGCCCCGCGUCACCGCCGUCAUCGGGCCCCACAGCUCGGACCUGGGCCUGGCCACGGCCAAGCUCUUCAGCUCCUUCCUCAUCCCGCAGGUGAGCUACGGAGCCAGCAGUGAGACCCUGAGCAACACGGAGCUGUACCCGUCCUUCUACCGCACCGUGCCCAGCGACAAGAACCUGGUGGAGGCCAUAGUGCUGCUCCUCAACCAGUUUGGCUGGAACUGGGUCGCCACAGUGGGCAACGACGAUGCGUAUGGCCAGGGGGCCCAGGCCCUCUUCCUCAGCAUGGCUGGCACCAACAACAUCUGCAUCGCCUUCGAGGGGCUCAUCCCCACAGACCUGACCGAGCCCAAUGCCGAAAAGCAGCUGGAAAACACAAUUAAGUUAAUUAACAGCACCAAAGUCAACGUCAUCGUGCUGCUUGCACACAACGUGCCAGCCCAGGCCCUGCUGGAGCACAGCAUCAGGAUGGGGCUGGGCAAGAAGGUCUGGAUUGGCACCGAGGCCUGGAUGCUGUCGGACAUCGCCACCUCCACCCCCAACCUCCAGAGCAUCGGGACGGUGCUGGGCUUUGUCAUGAGAACGGGGACGGUCCCCGGCUUCCAGGAGUACGUGGCUGAGCUCUUCAGCUCCGUCACGCAGGACGAGUUCUGCCGGCAGUCCAGGGAGCUGAGCCGCCUCGCGAACGCCGAGGUGCUGGGCACGCACUGCCAGCAGUGUGGCAACGUCACCCUCGGGGACGUCUGGCCCAUGCUGGCGGUGACCACGGUGCAGCCGGUGCACACGGCCGUGUACAGCGUGGCCCACGCCCUGCACAGAGCUCUGGGCUGCACCACCAAAGGCUGUCCCAAAACACCCAUCAGGCCCUGGCAGCUGCUGCACUUCAUGAACACCCUCCCGUUCGAGGUGAACGGCCAGAGCUUCAGGUUUGACCAAUCCCACGGCACAAACACUGGGUACAAACUGAUCUUCUGGGCCUGGAGGGAUGGCAGCGUGACCUACCUGCCCGUGGGGGACUAUGACCAGUCCCUGUACGUCCAUAAGUCCCAGAUCGAGUUCCAUACCGCAGAUAAGAAGGAGCCCACAUCCGAGUGCUUCAGGCGCUGCCAGCCAGGACAAUUCAGAAGAAUAAAAGGAUUCAACCUCUGCUGCUAUGACUGCACAGACUGCUCAGAAAACACCUUCUGGAGCAGCACAGACAGCACCAGCUGCUCCCCGUGCCCGCGGCACCAGUGGGCGCCCGCCCGCAGCACGCGGUGCCACGACCGCAGCGAGAGGUUCCUCUUCUGGGACGAGCCCCUGGCCGUGGCCCUGGUGGCCCUGGUGGCCCUGACGGCGGCCCUGAGCGGCGCGGCGGCGCUGCUGUUCCUGAAGCACCUGCGGAGCCCGCUGGUGCAGCUGGCGGGGGGUGCCAGGAGCCUCUUCGCCCUGCUCUGGCUGCUGCUGCAGAGCCUCAGCUGCUGCCUGUACGUGGGCAGGCCCAGCGCGGCGCUCUGCUCGCUGCAGCAGCUCUCCUACGCCCUGUGCCUCAACGGCUGCUUCUCCACCUUCGUGCCCAAGGCCCUGGAGGUCGCCCUGCUGACGGAAUUCCCUCGCUGCGCCCCCAGGCUGCUGCGCUGGGUGACCCACGGCAGGGCCUGGCUGCUGGUGGCCGCCUCCAUGCUCACCCAGGCGUUGCUCUGCUUGUGCCACCUCCGCCUGGGCCCUGACUACCUGGUGGCCGACUACGAGUCCCUGCCCAGGGAGGUGCUGCUGCUGUGUGGCACGCAGUCCUGGGCUGCCUUUGUCCUCCUGCACGGCUACAACAGCUGCCUGGCCUUCUCCUGCUUCCUGUGCACCUUCAUGGUGCAAACCCCAGCCAGGAGGUACAACGUGGCCAGGGGCAUCACCUUUGCCACCCUCAUCUAUUUCGUCGUCUGGAUCUUCUUCGUGGUGAUUUUCGCCACGCUCAGGACGGUCCUCAGGGCCGUCACGCAGAUUUGCACCGUCCUGGCCACCGCCCUGGGGAUCUUGGCCAGUUACUUCGUGCCCAAGUGCUACAUCUUGGUGUUCAGGCCUGAUCUGAACACGGGGGAUUAUUGCCAGAACCCCUCUGAGGAGCAGCCAGAGCAGGACAGACAAUAAACCACACCCUGUGUCACCUGCUCCUCGCACAAGCUGGAUUUCAAGGAGAAAAUCCUUUUUAUGAGCACUCUGUGGCCACAGGCACAAUCACACCUGAACUAGAGCUGUGAAAGCACAGGGCUCGGCAAGUCCAGAGGAGCAGCCUCCAUCCUCUCUGGAAACACAUUCCAGCCCCAAAAAUGAGCCAAAAUCAGGUUCAGUUAAUGAAAGAACCUCCAGAAAUGAUAUUUUACACCCAUCUCUCAAGUGUGGCCAUGUGAGUCACCAACACCAUUUCCCUGUAAACACUUCAGGUAAUUUCCCUUAUUAAAUAACAGCUCCUGAGAUAGAGCCAGGAAUGCUUUCCCAAGCCUUGUAAGAAUUGUCAAAUCUACCCAAUAAAGGAGAAGUAAAAAGAACAUUCUGGCAGGUAGCAGCAGCUGUGUGUGAGAUACAAAGGGGGAAUUACCCAUUCAAAUCCCAGCUCACUCGAUUUGUGUGGAAACCCAUGGAAAUCAGGGACAGACUGAUGGAAAUGAGCUCUGUGCAAAUCACUCUGCAAAGGCACAGCAGGAGGUUCCUCCCUCCCCCAAAAAACAGGCAAAAAUCACCAAAAACUUCACACUGGUGCCAGGCAGUGCCAAGUCAAUAUCCAGUCACAUCACCACGAUUUUUCUUUUCCCUACUCAUGCUGAAAAGGAAUUAUUCUGCUCUUUUAUUCCUUAAAAGUUUUUCCA